CACUCAGCUCAUGAAUUUGACUGUGUGGUGAGUCCAUCUGCAGAUGGUUGGAUUAAACUUACCGAAAAGACAGAUCUGACUUUACUCUUUUAUUGACAGAAAUUUCCACCACAAUUUGGCGACGAGGGAUGGGAUCACUUCUGUGAGAGAGCGCCUUAAACUCAGUGCAGACGGUUCAAAGGGUACCCGGGAGCUCGGACUCCAAAACCUCAACCUCGCCAUCAAAGGAGCAGAGACGUGAGGGCCUGACGCCUGAGACAAGGUGGCUCGCUCACAGCUGUGAUCUACAGAACCGUGUGGAAGCUGUCUUCUCGGUAAGCCAAUAUUCAACAGACCGUCGGUGUGUGUGUACGUACUUCGAUUCUCGCCACUUUUGGGUGGGCGUGACAGGUGUGUCAACAGGGCAGGUUUGGGUUUUAAACCGCUGUAGAAUCAAGGAAGCUUCAGAAAAUUUGUGUGUACGUACUUGAAUCGAUUCUCGCCACUUUUGGGUGGGCGUGACAGACGUGUCAACAGGGCAGGUUUGGGUUUCGAACCGCUGUAGAAUCAAGGAAGCUUCGAAAGGGUUUCAGUCCCUGUGAGUUUUUCUAGAGAACUCUGGUUUGUGAUAGAGAGGAACUGAGAGCCAGCGAGCACUGAGUUUUUCCUUCUUCGGAGUAGAGCAAAUCACGUGGGAAAUUGAUGCCCGGAUUUGUCCCUCUCUCUCGUUAGGGGGAAAGUAAUUUCUCAAAGUGGGUCGCAGUGCCAAGGGCCUGCUCAGACACAGACAGAACUAACUUUUCAUUUCUUUCCUAUGCAUCUUUUUCCUUUCUUUCCCUCCUCUGAGUGACUGAAAAAAAAAAAAAAAAAAAAGGGGUGCCGGACGGAAAGGGAGUGUGCAUGUGUCAGUUUUCUAUCCCCAGUGGGUUUUUCCCGAAGUUACAAAUUCUGCGGAUUGGGUUUUUAUUAGAAAACAGUUGUUUAGGUCAUUGCAUUGCCUUUUAUCCAUUUCUUUUGUUGAUUUUACCGCUCCAUGGUCUCAUAUCCACUCGAGUGAAAGAAAAAUAGUUUUAACAACGCCUUGUGUCCUUUAGAAAUUUUUAAUAAACAAUUCGGGGGUAACAAAAACCAAAAUGGGUUCAGGAAACAGCAAAAUUCCGGGGGACAACGAUUAUCCACUCAAGCUGACCUCCCCUCACAUUCAGUAUAUGAAUGCCAAUUACGGUAAGAAGAGUGUGGAUCAACUUGAUGUGUGGGUCCGAGAGUGUGGGUUUCCAAGUGCUGGCAGUUUUAGCACCAAACAACUUGCCUUAAACCUUAAAAAGCAAACUAAAACAAAGGGAAAGCAAGGAGAAAAAAGGGAAGAGGGGAAAGAACAAACAGACAUUUGAACCAGAUUGUAAGGCUUUCACAAAUUGCCAGGAGGAAGCUUUUCACAGGGAUAAGAACAGGCAGGCAGGGCCAGCUCCUCUAACCUCUCAGUCUCAGUGUCUCAAACUAGAUCCCGAUCUGGACUCGGCUCCGGCUAAGUCGUCUGCACCACCUGCACCGUCUGCACGCCACGAGAGGACUCCAGGGCCACCGGACGUAAACUGGGAACCAGCAGCUGGGAUGUCCUCCGCGCCGCCCACCUUCCUACGACACCCACCACCCGUCGUACGGCGAGAAUUCCACCCAGGGCGGGCCAGAGCGAGGCGAUUGCUGGUGGUUGAGAGCCUAAACACACCACCACCAUAUGCCACCGUCAGCCACAGCCCUCACCACACACGGAGCAACUCUGUGUACAACUUCCAGGCUCCCAUGGUGGAGGUGGCGGGGAGUGAGGGUCGAGUGCAGCUGGUUUAUAGGCCUUGGACGUACAGUGACAUGAAGGACGCUGCCGCAUCGCUUCCAGACGUCCGCAAUGGGGGAGCGGAGUUUGCGGUUCAGCUCAUAACGUUUUGCCGACAGUUCAAGCCCACCACUGCUGAACUGCAACGCCUGCUGAUGGUUCAGAUGGGUACAACGUGGGCCCGAGUUGCGGGCGACUACCCCGUGGAGGACAUUAGGGUAGAGAACUCUGACUGGGCCAGCAACGACAAUUUGGUAUACAAAGACGUCAUUGGGGGACUAUGUCACAGAAUCAGACAGACCUUCCCUCUGAAAUUAGACAUGGGGAAGAUUUCUGCCUGCAAACAACGCGACGAUGAACUCUUAGCGGACUAUCUGGUCAGGCUGCAGGCCACACCACACACAGUGGCCUCGCAAAGCCCUGAGUCAUGGGAGGUAUCCAUGAAGUCACUCCCUGGGAGGCCCAGCUACGGGACCGCUUCAUGAAUGGCAUGAAGCCAGAGAUCAGCAGAAUGGUGAGAGAACAAUGUGUGAGCUGGGACAAUGCAAAUCUCUAAACCGUUGAGGAACGGGCCAACCACGCAGAAAAGUUCCUCAACGAUGAAAAGAACUGAAAGGCGACAAGCUUGACAGAAAGACUCCAAUUGGCUCAGUUGGCAUACUACGAGCACCAAGCGAGGGGUCGCGAACGAGGACGAGGAAAGGGGCGCCGGGGCAGAUUCAAAAAAUGCCCUGGUGCCUUUCAUAGAUGUGGAAAAAAUGGGACAUUGGCAAGACAACUGCCCAGAGAACGACGCAACGGACGACUGACUAGCUGGGGAGCCGAGUACAGUGACGGACGAAUCUGGUUUUGAUGCACAGGCUGGGGAGGAGAAGCAACCUACGCAUCUUUCACGUCAAGGACGCUCUGCCUGCCCCAGCAGCCCACAAACUGCAUGAUUUGGAGCCAGGGGAUUGGGUCGUCAUUCGAGAUCUCAGGAGAAAGAACUGGAGAGCUCGCAGAUGGAACGGGCCAUUCCAAGUGCUUCUGACCACGGAGACGGCAGUGAGGAUCGCAGAGAGAGGCACCUGGGUUCACGCCAGCCACUGCAAACGGGUUCCAGAGCCAGCGGACGACACCUCACAGAGCGUGCUUAUUGUAGAAUAAUCAUGACUGAUGUUUGAGCAUGUCUUUUGAGCUGUGAAAAGAAUCUGUUUUCCAAGCUGACUUGAUUUUUUUUGUCCUUCACUAUUACUUACGAAGGA